AGUUUACAAGCAUAAAUUGCUGCUCGCAGUUGUACAAAACUCGGUACAAUGAACCACAAAUUAUCAGAUAAAAUAAAAUUUUUAUUUCGUGGUUGAAUAAAAAUUUGGAAAAAGUGGGAGAAAGUCGUUGGAGCUUUUACGCCCGGAAAAAGCUCGCAGCAGUGCCCGUAAAAGCUCCGCCAGAACCCGCCUGACUAAAAAUAGUUGUUUUUCGAAAAAUUGUGGGUGACCCAUGUGUUUGUGAAACCGCAAUAUCGGCCUCAGCGUUACUUGUGGGAUGCAACAAGAGGUCCGAGCAGCGAAAACCGUUUCAGUUAACUGCAGGUGACUAUUCCCCUUUUCUAAGGGCAGACACUGCUACCAAGCCACAGUCUUAUAUGGAUGGGAAAGAUAAAUUGAGCCAAUGUUCCGAGUGCCCACAAUUAAGUAUGUCUACUGUGGAAACAGCGGAUGCGAAAGAAAGUGAUACCGUUGAGCCAACCCAGGAAGAUUCGGAGAGAAUGGGCUCUAGCGAGUCGCUGCCCAAGCCUGACGAUGCUGGGACGAGCCCGAACCCCGUUAGUUUGUUAAGCGAAGAAAUUUCGAACAUUGUUGAACCUGUUAAAAUUUUUGUUGAAACAACGCCUUCGAGUACAAAUUGCAAAGAUGAUUUCACGGAGCCACAAUCAAACGAAGCAAUCGAGACGGAACUGUUGACUGCUAACGACGGCGAAGACUCCGCGACGGAGAGUCUGCCCCCGACUGAGGAACUGACGGAAGAACCCCACGAUCGGUCCGAUGGAUCCGACUCGGGCCUAGGCUCAGAGCUGAACGAAGAACGGCCUGAAGCCAUGGCCACGGCUGCUAAUUUAGGCGAGAGCGACAGCGAGACCUCGUUCUUAGACAGACUUAACGGAACGCAAAGUUCUGCUAAUAAUUUCGAAGACUUCAACCAGAAAGAGCAAGACUUUACUUUGCCCUCCACGUCGAAGGACGAUGACGGCAAGCAAAGUAGCAACACUAUCGAGGAGAUUCGCGAUAUUUUGGACAGUGCCCAGCCGAAGAAGAGUAGUCUCAAGCGUAAGUUGAUGGCGGAGGAGGAUGGGCAGCCGAAAUGUAAGAAAAAACGGGGAAUUUCGUUCGAUAGUGUGACCGUGUUUUAUUUUCCUCGAGCGCAAGGUUUCACUUGUAUUCCUUCGCAAGGAGGCUCCACUUUGGGUAUGGGUGCCCAGCAUUCGUACGUACGGAAAUUUACGAUAGGGGAGCACGCCAACGAACAACGCAGAAUACAUCGACAACUUCUACAGCAGCUAAGAUCUGAGAGACAUUCGACUGGGGGUAACGGAGGGGCGUCUUCGAGUGAUGAGAGUGACAGCGAGGAGGAACCUAGUGAUGCAUCCGAGUCGGAAAUGGAUUUGGACAAUUAUUACUUUCUGCAACCCGUGUCUAUCAGACAAAGACGGGCCCUUUUGCGGGCAUCUGGUGUUCGAAAAAUAGACUCUCUGGAAAAAGACGAGUGCCGUGAUAUUAGGACUUCGCGAGAAUUCUGUGGUUGUGGCUGUAAAGGAUACUGUGAUCCAGAUACUUGUUCGUGCAGUCAGGCUGGCAUCAAAUGCCAAGUUGACCGUUUAAACUUUCCUUGUGGCUGUUCUCGAGAUAGCUGCGGAAAUUCCAGCGGCCGAAUCGAAUUCAACCCGGUCAGAGUCCGCACGCACUUCAUCCACACCCUCAUGCGCCUCGAGCUCGAGAAAAAGCAAGAGAAGGAGGAGGAAAUCAAAGCGGAGAAGAAGGACACCAAUUGGAUGGAAAACGAAAGGCUGAACGUAGACUACCCGAAACCGGACGCUCAAUCAAAAAACGGCGCCAAGUACAAGUUGCGGGACGGCGGAGACGUGGAGAGCUGCGUCCACGACGGCAGCUUCACCAACCUGCAUUACGGGGCCCCAGGGGAAGGCCCCGGCCAUAACCCCCCCGGCUUCGGCGAGCUGCCGGCCCGGGAGGACUCCCUCGACUUGUACACGUUCCGGGAAGACUGGUACGGGGACGACGCCACUCGGGACGGUCCCGUGGCCGAAAGAAACAAGCAGCAGCACGUCCCCCACCAGCCCUUUCCGCCGUCGUCGCAAGGGUUCCAUUUCCCCGACCCCCGGUUUUCUGAUGUCGGUUUCCCAGCCAGUGCUUCCCCCUACCCUCCGCCAUCCAAUCAAUACACGCAGCCGUACCAGUCCAACUUCGCCGACUUCUCCCCCGUCUUCAAUCCGUACGGAGGGGGAAUUUACAGCCCCGAGUUUGGAGCGAAACCCCUGGAAGGAAAUUUCCAGCAAAAUGCGAACGGCUACGAGCAGUUCGCUAACGAGAAUUUUUCCGCCGACGCCAAGGAGAACCAAUACACUAGCUUAAAUCCAGUCGGGGCCAACAAUAAAAUCGAAUCUUUCUCAGAUUUACUACACGGACGGUACAAUUAUCCUGGAUACGAGGACACGAACAAUUUUAACUGUUUGAAUCCGUCUGAUGUUCCCGCCAGUAAUAAUCCCGAGAGGGACCAAAAGUGCGACAACGCGACCAAUGGCAAUACCAAUUCCGACGACUGUGACGACAAUUUCGGAGAGAUUAUUAAGAAGUCGAUGGUAGAAACGACCUCUGCUUAAGCUAAUCAAUAAUAACAUUAAUAAUUCAAAUUAUUACGUUCCACAUUAUUACUUUGUUAUUAUUAUUAUAUUAUAAAAUGUAAAUGAGAUUUAUAUAUAAAGUGUAGAAAGAAUAUUAGAGAAAAAAGUGUUUUAAUAAAUGUUGUGAAGAA